AUGUACACAUUGAUGAAAAAAUAUUCUGACGAAUACCUUAAGGAGUUUUAUGUUGUCGGAAUUGAGGGCAGCGCGAACAAACUGGGCAUUGGAAUAAUACGAGGGGACGGAGAGAUACUCUCCAACGUUCGAAGAACAUACUCGCCCCCGGACGGCGAAGGUUUCAUGCCAAGACAUGUGUCAAAACACCAUAGAGAAAACAUGGCCACGCUGCUCAAAGAGGCCCUGGAAAUCGCAGGAAUUACGCUGUCGCAACUGUCGCUCAUUUGCUACACGAAAGGGCCGGGAAUAGGCUCAGGGCUGCACGUGGGAGCUCUGGCAGCGAAGACGAUACAUUUUCUAACGGGAUCCCCGAUAGUCGGAGUGAACCACUGCGUUGCGCACGUGGAGAUGGGCAGGCACCUGAGCGGGUACGAAAACCCGUGUAUUUUAUACGUAUCGGGGGGAAACACGCAGGUGCUAUCGUACGACAAGAACAGGACAGUGUACUCAGUACUGGGGGAGACGCUGGACGUGGCAAUAGGCAACGUGCUUGACAGGAUUGCAAGGCUGUUGCACCUGCCGAACAAGCCUGCGCCGGGGCUGUCAAUAGAGCUUCUGGCUAGAAAGUCAACAGGGAACCUGAUACCACUGCCGUUCGUAGUCAAAGGGAUGGACUGCUCACUCAGCGGCCUCUUGACGAAGGCCGAGGCGCUGAUAGAGCAGUUUAAGUUCAAGCUCAUGGUGAGCGAGGACGCAGCGUUUGAGUACGAGGGAUUCAAGGUGGAUUUGUGCUACAGCGUCCAGGAGCACACGUUCGCAAUGCUAAUAGAGAUGCUUGAAAGGGCAAUGUCGUUCACAGGCACUGAUGAAAUCUUACUCGUUGGCGGAGUCGGAUGCAACUUACGUUUGCAAGAAAUGGCCGGGAAGAUGGCCGAGGACAGAGGGGCGAAGCUCUUCCCAAUGGAUGAGCGCUACUGCAUAGACAAUGGAGCAAUGAUAGGAUACACUGGGAUGAUUGAUUACCUCUACGGACUAGGAACCGAUGCAGUUUUAUCGCCUGAGGAAGUGGUUGUUUCCCAAAGGUACAGAACUGAUCAGGCUCCAGUACACUGGAUAUAA